AUGGGACAAUAUGAGGUUCCCAGUUUCUCUGCGUUCUAUCAUGACUAUAUGCCGUAUCACCUCUGUUGUAAGUACGCAAAGUACCGAUGCCAACUGUUUUAUUGGCGUCGUCCAACGAGUGGUUGCCAGCAGUAUGAACCGCCAGCAACGGGCUAUGUACAAGGAGCAGGUUCAUUCACAACGUUGGACAAUCAAAAGUUUGUGUUCAACGAGCCUGGCGUAUUCACCUUACUUCAUAUUCCUAAAACGUUAACGAAUCCCGAAGUGCGAAUUCAAAUUCGACUCGAACGAUACCCAAAUAGAAGGGUGGAUUUCGGUACGGUUCCGAAAUGUUUAUUGGGACGAUACAUAGCACAGGCUGAUUUGGUACAGCCAACAAACGCGACGGUUGUAACUGGAAUAGCGCUCGAGGCGACCGGGACGGAUCGAGUAGUGGUGGUGGCGAGGAAAGAUACGAGACGAUUCAGAUAUCGGACGAGUGUUAUUGUUGGAAAUAUUAUCAGAUAUUUCGACAACAUGAAAUUGCAAAAAUUCAAAGGAGUACUUGUUUAUGUGAAUAAUGUCGAAUACGGUCAAGCAGAAGUGUAUGUUGUAUUGGAAGAAGCACAAAUUGGUGUUCGAAUUCGUGAAUCAUAUGCUCUGGAUAUUGCCAGAUUGCCGAUGUACUACGAAAGUCCCGGUCUGUUGGAUAUUGAACUUAGUGUUCCUCCUCGAUAUGGAGUGGAGCCAACAGGCGAACGACACUUCAGAGCGUCGCCGUUUCCGAAUUUGUUUCAAUUCCCGCCGGUAUCCGGUCUUUCGCGACCGAAUCCGGAGGGACAGUCCGGAAUGUUGAACAUACCGUUAACACUGAAUGAUGUCAAUGCAGGUGGCAUUGUCCAACAACUCAUUUCUAAUUAUCGGAUACCGGGUAGUGGUGGAGACAAACGAAUGCAACAAAAGAUACCUCUCGCCGCUGGCGUACCCACUGAAAAUCUUUUCACAACAAGUCAAGAUAGCGCUAAAAAGUUCGCUGUUUUCCCUGAAGCAGCCAUGAAAGCAUUACCAAUCUACAAAACAGCCGAACGAUUUGAAAGUGGUCCGCAUCGUUUCGUGCCAAAGGAUGGAAUGAUGGUCAAUCAACUGCUACGAACGUGUCAUGAUCUGCAGAUAAAUCCACCGUUGAACUCGAUAUCAAUUCAACGACAGUUAAUUCAACAGUUCGGUAGCAAUGAGUGUCCAAAUAAUCCAAGUGAGAUACUCAGUGAUUGUGGUGAUAGUGUACCGUGUCUGUAUGACUAUACAAUGCUUAAUUCGAAAGCACUGGGAAUGGAGGCAUUGAAUGAAUGGAACUCAUUCGUUACUGGCAGAAGUGCUGGUAGCAGACAUUAUAAUAGCUGUGGUGCAAUAAUGAUCGAAUACCCAGCGUAUAUGUUAAAAACGCCUUCGAUGGCUUCUGGUUAUUUAGAAGGGGAUGUAGCAACAUUCAACUGCUUUCAAACUCAUUGGAUUAAAGGCGAUCAUGAAUACAAAUGUUCCUUCCAAUGGAACAAGGGAUGGCAACCGUGGUGUAGAUCUAGAGAGAAGGACAAUAUGUAUAAGUGGUUAGCUGCGAUUUUCUCAAUAAUUGGCAUUAUUAUGGUGUUCUCGAUUACGGACAGCACAGAUUUGAAUGCAGUAGAUAAGAAAUCCUCACCAUUAGACGGCGAUAUAUUUCAACCACCGCGGCCGACAAGUGCAAUGAGAAGGACAAUGCUGGACAGACCGAAAAUCGAGGAUAGUAAUGCUGACUAUUCGCAAGAAUCAGUGCCACCAUCGUCACCUGAAUUCAGAUCCCGGAAAGGAUCGGAUGGUUUACUGGGACUUAGGACAAGUGUUUGA